CAUACGGGAAUGCGACUUUUUCGGUUGGUUAAUGUCGUCCGCGUGUGUUUGUGGAAAGGAAAACGUUUAAGUGUUAUAAGAGAAAAAAGUGGCGAAAAUGGCGGUGUCAGCUGCACAGCUACUCGAUGAACUUAUGGGUAAAGAUAGGAACAGAGCUCCUGGUGAGCCAAGCUCGAGGAUGCAUUGGUCAGACAGUGAGGUUUGCAAAUACUUUCUGUGUGGCUUUUGUCCUCAUGAGCUGUUUACAAACACCAAAGCAGAUCUUGGUGCUUGUCCAAAAGCGCACGAUGAAGCUCUGAAAAAAGAAUAUGAAAAGAGCAAUAGAAGAGGAUUAAUGGGUUAUGAAGAGACAUUUCAUAGAUUUCUGCAAGGAAUAAUGGCAGAUGUUGAAAGACGAAUAAGACGAGGACAUGAAAGGCUUGCCCUCAAUGCUAAAAAAGAACAGCAAGAAUUGAAAACAGCAAAAGGAGAUGAUGACCAGCUCUCUAUGAUAACUGACCAUAUCAAUCAACUGCUAGGCGAGAUUGAAACUCUUGGAUCAGAAGGCAAAGUUGAAGAGGCACAGGGAAUCAUGAAGCUUGUGGAUCAACUGAAAGAAGAGAAGGAAACAUUGAUGCAGAUGAGCAAACUCAACCCAUUAUCAUCCCAAGAGAAGCAAAUGGAAGUCUGUGAGAUCUGUGGUGCUUUUCUAAUUGUCGGUGAUGCACAGUCCAGAGUUGAUGAUCAUUUACAAGGUAAACAACAUGUUGGAUAUGCAAGAAUCAAAGCAGCUGUUGAAGAUAUGAAGGAGGGCAAAUGGCGGACGAAAAUUCGUGAAGAAAAAGAAAAAAAGGAAAAGGGAGCAGAGGAAGGAGGUAAGGAUUCAAAGGAUGAAAAAGCCGAAGUUAGUAGUAGAAGCAGAGAGGGUUCCCGGCGUAAAGAUAGGGAGCGGAGUAGGGAUAGGAAUCGUAGUAAAGAGAGGAAGGAUCGCAAUCGCAGCCGAGAUCGUCGGCGAGACCGAGAUAGAAGGAGAAGCAGGAGUAAGGAUAGGCGAAGCCGAAGUCGGGAGCGUAGGAGCAGAAGUCGGGAACGUCGAAGCAGAAGUCGAGAACGAAGAAGCAAAAGUCGUGAUAGAUAUAGGCAUAGGAGCUCUCGUGAUAAAAAGCGCAGCAGAAGUAGAGAAAGACGAAGGAGUAGGAGUCGAGAUAAGGAGCGAAGAAGAAGCCGCAGCAGAGAAAGAAGCAGAAGAAGUCGAAGUCGCAGCCGAGAAAGGAAAAAGAGGAGCAGGAGUCGUGAUCGUCGUCGUAGCAGAAGCAGGUCUCAAAGCAGGAGUCGAAAACGGGAGAGUGCAGAAUCCGAGCGUUCUUAUGGCAGAAAAGAGAAUAGCGAGGAAGGAAAUGAAAAAAGCAAGAACUCAGCUGAUGACGUCAGAAACGAAGCAAAUGGAGACACGGAAGCCAUGCAAGAACAAAGCGAUGAUUAAGGAGAGACUGAAUCAGGGACGAAAGCUGGAACAUAACUGCUAAAAAUUCGUUCUUAAUAUGAAAGUCCCUCUCAGAUGACAUCGCGAAACAGAAAAGCUACACCCUCGUUUAUCUGGCAUCUGUGAGUUGGAACCAUAGGUUUGCUGGUGGAGUUCUGACAAUACCUAAAGUCGUUUGUAUCACAUUGACUGGGCAGAAACUUCAUGCUCGUUUCAUUUCAUAAUGAUUUGAAAAUGUCUUACGAAAGAAACUUUAAUGAAUAAGUUACUGAAUAAAUGAAAUAAUCAUAGUCCUAUUUUGUUAAAUCUUAACUAGUACUUUGAUUUAAAGACAGAGAAGAAAAUUUGCGAAGAGCAGAUGAAAUAAAGGACAAGCUGUGUGGACCUGAAAUCGUCUUGAAAAGCCCUCGCGACGGCUUCUGAGAUGCGCCUUCGAUCCAUAGAUUUCAUUGUUAUUAUUUAAGCCUGAAAUUCCUCUUUGGUUGCUAAGAUAAGCUAACGUUUCCACAAUGUCAGUUUCCCGCCUUAAAAUUAAUUAGCCGAUUAGGACCCAAGACUUGUCUGCUAGGAUUUUUAUGUCUUGCAUUUUCCCAAUGCUUUGUCCACUCAAAGUUACCAUGCUUGGCUUUUUCAAGACGAUAUUCAUGUUGCAGUUUUGUCAAAGAAUUUUUUGAUGUUGUAGUGUCAACUUUUUUAGUUCACCCUGAUUACAAACUGUAAUGUGUUUUACUGAUAAUAACGAUUUCUUCGUAACGUGCACUUUAUUGAAAAGAGUUCUAGGCGAAAGACAAAUCGUCAUUUUAUCCUCUCGCUCUCUUGUCUUCACUGCUGUUCAGUAUUUCUUGGGAGUUUUAGACACUUGUGGACGAUUUAGUCGCAGAAAGCAGCCUCGGGAAAGGUCACAAAAAGCUGUUGGGUAUAUCUGAUAGUAUGCUUCAGCAAUAAUUUAAAAUGAAUUCUGAAGAAUUGAUCACACGUGGGUAUUAUUAAGUAUUAAGACACAGACGAAGGUUUGUGUGCUAAUUACAAGCUAGUACGAAUAUUUUAUACCUUAGUUAUUUGUUUUACGAAAAAGUGGGGGACAUGGCCCUAUAUUUUAGAAACCCUAGAUGAAAAGAAUGAAACAAGUCCACAGUAGUGAAUUUUGCCAAAUCAAGCUGAAUCUUGUUUAACUCAAAUUGCUUCUUCAAGAUUUGAAAAUUCUGAUAUACAGUCCAGAUUUUUAAACUUAAAGAUACUGGCGUUUAGUCCCUGAGUUUGAAUCAAGGGAUUUUAAUGGCAGAAUAAAUAUAUAAUUUCUCCAAGGACUUUUUCCCUCUUUCACGGAUUGUUUGAAGUUUCUGUUUCGUUCAAUACUCAAUUACUUCUUGAGAGUGAUUUAGUUUUAAUGUCUUUGAUAAACUUUAUUUUGAUGUCUUUAAUAAACUUCAGAGUGAUUUCAACAUCUAUGAUUGCUAGCAGAUACUUAUAACUGUUAUUAUUGUUUUCGAAUGGUCGUAAUAUUUAUGUCGACAGAGUUCGCUGUCUUUUGGAAUCAGUGAGAUAAAUGCUUUUCAUUAUUUGUCUAAAGUUUUACUUCUGCCAACGACUUAUCAAAUUGAUGGGUUUUAACGAAAUUUUGGAGUCAAAAGUUUUUUCGCAACUUUAUUAUUUCUUUAUUGCCCAUUUUGAGUUCUAAAGUUUCUUAAUUGUUACUGUCUGUUCCAGAGGCGGAUCAAUGCACAGUGAGUUCCUUGGUGCACAGAACUCAGUCAGUUUUUCAACAUACAGUUAAAAAUAGUGUUGCCUGAAACAAUCAAUAUUUAAAUUAAAAAAUUGAAACCGAAAAAUUCUAAAAUCUCAAAAUUAAGAUCUUAAAAUUGCCCUUCUCUGUCGUGAUUUGGAAACGACGCUGUGGAGGACAACAGCAGUCAAUCCUGGAACUCGGAAAUAAACGUUUUGUGCCUCGGAAGUGAAUGAAUUGAAACAAUAAACUUUUUGUAGCAAAUAUGAAACACCGCAAUACGCCGAGAAUAAACAACAACAAAUACACGCAAAUCAUUAAAGGCUAAUAUUUCG